ACGCACUGACACAGUCACAUGAGCUUCGCCAACACACAGACACAAUGAUACAAGCUCCACAAGAACACAGACCAAAGCUAACUACCACUCGGACCUAGGCACAGACAACCAGAUGUAUAGGCAGAGAAUAGUUGCUGGAGUAGCAGGUUAACAUUUAUUCACAAGCGGCAGAAACCCAUCUACAUAAUGCAGUUGUCACAAUACGGCAGUAGCUACUGUAGGAUUCUAGCGCAGGAUAUCUAUCCUCAGUCACAGCAGAUAGCAAUGGAUGAAACAGUGGAAAAUCAACUGCAGAACUUCAGGAAAUAUUUGAAAUUUGAAAGAGAGUGUUUCGAUCGAAGGGACUGAGAAUGGCAAUGGUUAAGAAGUUAGUUAUUGGGACCUGGCUAGCACAGUAUCAUCAGAAACAUUUGAUGUUCAAAUCAGACAUCUGGUGACUGUAACAGCUAUCAGUGGGGAUAUGUUGGUACCAGUGUACAUACUACUCUCAUUUCUUCACUGUUGUUUGUGUGUGGUGCAUCUUGUCUAUACUGUACAGGAAGGUAAAAGUCCGGGUACGUAUGUGGGGAACAUCGCUGAGGAUGUAUCAUCAUUGGAUGCUUCACACCAAAACCAAAACUCCAUAACAUUCAGUUUAAUAAAAGCACAAAAUGGUCGCCAAUUAUUCAACGUUUCCAAAUCAGGAACACUCACUACAGAACAGAUAUUGGAUGCUGAAGCUCUUUGUACUUAUAAUAUAGAAUGUUGCAGAUGGGUUGAAGUUGCUAUUAAACAGGAUACAACUUUUCUAAUUAUAUUAAAGAUUAAAGUUAUAGUAGAAGAUGUCAAUGACCACUUCCCAGAAUUUCCAACCAAAGAGUUCAAACUUGAAUUCUAUGAAACCGAUGGUAAAGGAACCAGGCGAUCAGUUCCGAAUGCCAUAGACAAAGAUGUUAGUAUUAGAAACUCUCACAUUACAUAUCAAUUAAAGAAUAAUACAGGCAAACCGUUUAAAUUGUCUGUUUCAAAAAGGGUUGAUGGGACUGAUAAACUUAAAAUAAUUUUAGAAAAAAAAAUAGACCGAGAAGUAAAAGAUAAAUAUAUGCUGCAAAUACUUGCCAACGACGGGGGCUACCCACCGAAGCAGUGUAUUCUAGAUGUUGAAAUAACUGUUAUUGAUGUUAAUGACAACCCACCAAUUUUUGCUCAAAAAGAUUAUAAUAUUUCAAUAAAAAACACACACCCAAAAGACACACCAGUUGUAAUUUUGUCUGCCAAAGACUUAGAUUUUGGAAAUAAUGGCCAAGUUUCAUACCAUUUCAGUUCCAAAACAUCAGAUUUAGUGAAAAAUCACUUUAGGUUGACUGAAGAAACUGGAGAAAUUUUCCUACAGAAAAAGUUCCCUUUUGGACAAAAACAAACAUAUAAGUUGUUUAUAGAAGCCAGAGAUGGGGGUUCUCCACCUUUGAGCUGUAUUACAGCUGUCAAUGUAAAUGUCAUCAAUCAACAGAACAAUGCACCAAAGAUUGAUAUAAAUUUUGUUUCAGCCUUGUCUGAAAGCACUGCUACUAUCUCUGAAGGAAUUAAAGUAGGCAGUUUCAUUGCUUAUGUGAAAGUUACAGAUAAUGACCUUGGACAGAAUGGAGAGGUCAAAUGUGACCUUUCACAUGAAAAAUUUGAGCUUCAAAUCUUAGAUUCAGAACGGUAUAAAAUCACAAUAAAAAAUGCUGUCGAUCGAGAAACAGAAGAUCACUAUGAGAUCACUUUAUCAUGUCAAGAUAAAGGAACACCUUCCUUGAAGACAGAAAGGAAUUUUUCUAUCCAAGUACUGGAUAUGAAUGAUAUGCGCCCUCAAUUUACUAAGGACACAUUCAAAUUCCUUACCUAUGAAAAUGAGGAACCAAAUUUUCCUGUUGGAUUUAUUAAUGCUACUGACCCUGAUCUGAAGGCUGGAGGUCAGCUAACUUACUCUCUAGUGAAAAAUAUCAAAACUGUUCUUCCUUUUCAGAUUACUGACAAUGGAUUUAUUUCAACAACACAAUCACUGGAUCGAGAACAACUAGAAAUAUAUGAGUUCCAGGUUUUAGUCAAAGACAAUGGGACACCAUCUUUGAAUAACACUGGAAAUGUUAUUGUUGAGGUUAUGGAUGAAAAUGACAAUGCUCCAUAUUUCACCUUCCCAAGUGUUAACCCUUUUAGUCUGGACGUCUAUUAUUAUCCAAAGACUAGGAAUGACAUCACAGUUCUGAGAGCUGCAGACCGAGACAGUCCCAGAAAUGCCUUUCUCCAAUAUGAAAUUAUUGGAGGCAAUGACAAACAGUUGUUUUCCAUUGAUCCUUACACUGGCGUGUUAUCCUUUUCUCGUGAAGUUUACCAGAGUGAUGCAGGGUCAUAUAAGCUGAAAUUUCUUGUCAAAGACAGUGGUACCCCAGUUCUAUCAGCAACUACUACAAUAUCUUUGACAUUAGCUGUUAGCAACAAGACAACAAUGACAACAAAAGGAAUGCGUACGAAAUCAAACAAAAUGAUUGAUGUCAAUAUGGUUAUUAUUAUUGUUGUGGUAACUGUAAUAGUAUGUGUUGCUAUUGUGAUUUCUAUAACAAUGUGUGUUGUGAGGUAUAACAAUAUGCGAAAUGGCUCGUUAACUGCUGAAGUGAACCCGUCAAUCCACUCAAAAAUUGAAAAAAGUCAUUUAAUUAGUCACAGUAAAAAUCCUGCCACCUUACUGAGGAACUCUCAUGAAAAGAAAAACAGACAUACUCAACUGAUAAAAUCUUCAAGUCAGUUCUACUUUGUAUUAGAGCCACAAAAUGAAUGGAUUACUUCAACAACAUCUAGAAGCCUUCCGACAUCUAUCCAGACCAAAAGCUAUGCUGCCAUACCACGGAAUCGUAACCAAAAGAGACAUACUGAUUCUCAUUUGAUGAAAUCAGCCAGUCAGUUUUAUUUUGUUCUGGAGCCACAAAAUGAAUGGAUAGCUUCAACAACAUCAAGAAGUCUCCCACAGACCCGCAAUUCAGCUGCCAUAACAAGAAAUUUAAAUGAAAGAAGAAAUACAGAAUCACAGUUGAUAGAUUCUUCCAGUCAGUUCUACUUUGUGUUAGAACCACAAAAUGAAUGGAUAGCUUCUACUACACCAGUGGAAUUCCAGAGAGCUGCUCCUAACCGUCAUUCAGCUACUCUAGCAAGGAACCUUAAUGAAAGGCGGAAUACAGAAUCGCAACUGAUAGAUUCCUCAAGCCAAUUCUAUUUUGUGCUUGAACCUCAAAAUGAGUGGAAAGCAUCAACUACAGCAAUUAAACCACAGAUGACUUCACAGUCAUUGAACUGUGGUCAUGCUGGGGCACCGCCUUCAAGGGUUUUAGUCGAUCAUAUCGACCCCAGCGCUUAUUUCAGUCAGAAUGCAUCCAAGUAUAUCAGGCCUUGUUAUGGAGAUGUGUUGGGCCACCCAUGUACCUCACCUGUGAAUUACAGCUCUGCAGACAUAUUCGGAAACCCUCUUAUGGCUGACGCGUCAAGUCAGUUUUACUUUGUCCUUGAACCACAAAAUGAGUGGAAAGCUUCAACCACCACAUUCAAACCACCACCACCUAAACCGACUAACACUCCAGCUGCCAUAACAGAGUCAUCAUCAAAUCAGUUUUACUUUGUCCUUGAACCACAAAAUGAAUGGAAAGCCUCAACUACAGCAAUAAAGCUCCCAGAAACCAAUGAUUCUCAAUUGACCGAAUCAACAAGUCAAUUCUACUUUGUACUUGAACCACAAAAUAAAUGGAUUGCUUCAAGUACAUCAAGAAGUCUACCAAUGCAACAGACAAACAACCCUUUUGCCUUCAUAAGAAAUCCUGCUGAGAAGAGGUACUCACACCUAAGGAAGUCAGCCAGUCUCUUUUACUUUGUUGUUGAGCCACCAAAUGAAUGGAAAGCAUCAACCACUACAGUGAAGAUACCAACAGCUAAAAAGCAGUGAAAUAAUCCAAAGUGCCAAAGUCUAAUACAAAGAAUAACAAUAUCCAGUUACCAAUAAUGGAAGAAAACGAUAUAAAUUCCCCAAACAACAGUGGCACAUGGUGGCAAAGCAGUGGAAGAAAAACUCUUAUGUCAUGAGACUUUCUCUAGUUGCCUGACUAUCAGAGUGAUGUAAUAAUGUCAGCUUAUCAACUGAUAGAAUUGGAGUGAGGGAGACCAGACAUCUUUUAUAAUAUAUCUACCUAUCAUGGGAACAGAAAAAUCAUGAAACAUCAGGAUUAUUCUGACAUACCCACAAUUCCCAUCACUGCAUUCAUUAUCCUCUUCUUUUGGGAAGGAACCAACUUACCAACAAACAUUGAAGCCACUACUAUAGCCAACCUACCAGCCAGCCUGCCAACCAGCCAGCGAUCCAGUCAAUUCAAGAGUUGAAAGUUGUCUGAUGUUUGAUGUUAGAACACAGUGAAUGUCAGGCAAAAACUGGCUCUGAGGAGAAAUCUGAUUGGACUUCAAUUCUUCCAUAAGGGGACAGUGGUUAUUCUGGAUAAUAUUCACACAGCAACAUGUGAGCGUAAACUAGGAUUUUCUCUAUUCUCAGAAGAACAAGACAAACCUUAAACAGCAAAAUAUAAGGAUUUCAUUCAAAGAAACCAAUUCAAAGAAUCAAAAAAAGAUAAAAUGAUAGAAAACAGAAAAAAAAAGAUAAUAAUAAUAAUUGAAAAAAAAAAUUGAAAAAAAAAUAACAGACAAUCAAAUGCACAAUUGGUUUACCUUUGACAGACGUUGCAAUGCUCUCAUGUCUCUGAAUGGUGAACAGUUACGAUUAAAUAUAUUUUUGCAGAGCAACUAUGGAACUUUUGGAUUUGAUAACCAGAAAGACAGCUCGGUUGAGAGAAGUAUCUAGUAUCUAAAUACUUCAUUUAAUCCUACCUCAGGGUUACAAAAAGAAAAAAAAAAAGGCAAUUUGAGCAGCGUGUCGGUUGCUUGUGUGUGUGUCACAUAGGAAGAGACCCCCCCUCCCCCAGAACACUCAUUCAGGUUGUUGUAUUUCAAUGUAAAGAAGUCAUUGUAAAUAAAUCAACUGUUUACAUGGUGGAAAAAAAAA